AUGGCCCUGGUGGGAAAGGGGCCCCUCACAUCCGCGGUCCCGCCUAAAGGGCCCCCACCAGGUGCAAAGAUUGCUAUCAAAGGCAGUGGACCUCCGCCUGGGAAGGUUCCGUUGCCGAAACCUCAACUUUCAAGUUCUGCUGCAGGGACGAAGACGGGUUCACCCACCAAAACGUUGCUUGCGCCUGGAAGUGGCGUUCUACCCAAGCCACCUCUGCCGUCUCCUACUGAAGGGCAUACAAAGCCAGCACUUCCACUUGCGAAGAGGGAACUGCCAAAAUUGCCGCCGCCUCCAACGGGCACGAAGGCGACAAACAACCCACUAAAAUCUCUUUGGCACAAAAACGCCGCGAGCCCCACCAAACCACUUCCGGAGAACAUUCCAGAUGCAACGAAACAGCAGAGCUCCCAAGUGGAAGAGGGGGCCUUCUGCCAGAAGUCUGCUACUCCAAAGUCCGUCCUACCUGCGGAAAAGGGACUUCCCGGCGGUCAUUCAGAGGCAAUACUUAAGGAUGGCUCAGCUGACGGCAGCCCCAAAUCAGCAACGGUGGCACCUGGUCCCGUUCAUUCAGCUGCAUCAAAAGCCUCCCCAGGCACUUCCAUUCCUCAGAAAAGCGGGCCUGCUGGUUUUUCAUCAGCAGCAAAGGUCGUCUCCGACUUGCCGACAGCAGCGACAGAAUCAUCUGGUUUGGCAGGCGCAACAACGAGGCCUCUUGGCCAUACAUCCCCUAUCUCAAGCAAGGGAGGCAUAUCUGCUGGCUUGGCUACAAGUUCAAAUCUGGCCCUCUCCCCUGAGACAAAACCUGGUAUCCCAUCUACGGUUGUCGAUGGUGCUGCGACGCUGCCCAACGUGACAUCCCCCGGCGUUGACGAGUUCGGGAGGCAGCGGGGCAGCGUGGGCGACUUGGCGCCCAAGAGCGAGUUAACUCAUGAUCUCCUAGGGAAUGUGAUCCCCGUAUUUGAUAAAUCGGGAAAGUUCGUGGCAUUUGCUUCAGGCCCACCAGCUCCACUGGCACGCUCCGACCCAGCGCGGCGUUCCCGCCGCCUUUUGGACCGAAAACCUCAAGAGCGAGACACGAUGAAGAUGCCGUCCGCGCGCGGGUUUGAUUCCGUAGCCGGGUCCUUUGGAGGCUUGACUGUCCCAGGGGGCAUUCCCGGCUUCUUCCUCUCUGUACCGCCUUGGCCAGCGCCCACCCCAAUGCCGAUGGACCAGGUGGCAGGCUGGGGUGCCUACAAUCAAUUGCCAGGCUGUCAAUUUCCCCAGAUAUCUCCCUAUACCGCUUUCCCCCCGCAACCAGUCCCACAAGCAAAUUAUCCAACGAUGUACGGGCCAACCGGAGGAGGAGGCAAGGAACAACACGGAUGCACCCGACAGCAGGGAACUUUCGAACCGGCCUCCUGGCCGGGUUACCCUGGCUACCCUGUUCAUCCAGAUGCCGAUGACGCUCGUGGUUCGGCAUCUAGCCGGGAGGCUAUGGCGAGGCUUACCGACCCCUUGGGGAGGAAACAACUCCCCCCCGAAAGCCUUCUGCUCGCGCAAGGCACAGGAGUUCGAGUGUCAGAGAUGACGUGUAUUCGGGUUUUCGCCCUUACUACCUCCGGGAUAAGAAACCCUUCGUUGAUGAAGAUAUCCCUCGGUGCUCCCAAUAUGAACAACGCGAUGGCAGGAUGCAUGACUUGGUGCAACGGAUACUUUGCCUGCAGUUUCCCACCUAGCCCACCCGUUGUAUCGGUCGUGGAGCUGAACGAGUCUACCAGCAGACUCCCUGUACCUCCUAGGAAGAGCCCGUUGAUGACGAGGCCAAAAGAUCGUACCUGGGAUCGCUGGGGCUCGACUGGACUGACAGCCCCGCGCAAGCGAACCUACCAAAGUCUGUCGGAGCUUGCAAGCUGCUUCUCUAGUCUCGAGGCGGAGGACCAGGAUGAUGUCAUCAGUUUGCUGCUACUUUGCAGGAAGCUGGAGCAACAGGUGGAGAAGCAACAUGUUGUUAUAGAUAUGCUAGAGCACGAGCUAUCCGAGGCGCAGAAGGUGUUGAAGUUCCCUCCAGAGUGGCGGACCUUGGAAGGCGUUGACCUCGCGGGAAUGGUCCCGUCAG